ACGCCUCCGCCUGGUUACGGCCUGCUCUUUGCUGUGUAUUUUGAAGCGGAAUACGGCGGCGGCAUCACCAUGUCUUACCGGGACCUGAGGAAUUUUACCGAAAUGAUGAGGGCCCUGGGAUACCCUCGUCUCAUCUCCAUGGAGAAUUUCCGUAGCCCCAACUUUCCAUUGGUGGCAGAAGUUCUCAUUUGGCUAGUUAAAAGGUACGAGCCGCACACAGUCAUCCCUGUGGAUGUGGAUACUGAACAAGACAGAGUCUUCUUCAUUAAGGCCGUAGCCCAGUUUAUGGCCACCAAAGCUCACAUUAAACUAAACACCAAGAAACUGUACCAGGCAGAUGGAUACUCUGUAAAGGAGCUGCUGAAGGUGACCACCAUCUUGUACAAUGCCAUGAAAACCAAAGGGAUUGACACUAUCCAGACUGGGGAGGAAGACAUGUCCACAUUCAAGUUUGACCUGGGAAAUAAGAUCACAGACCUGAAGAUAGCCAGGCAGCUUGCAUCUGAAAUCACUUCCAAAGGAGCAUCACUAUAUGAUAUCUUAGGCAAGGAGGCUGAUCUCCGAGAAAUGAGGACGGCUGCCAUUGCACGUCCCUUGGAAAUCAAUGAGACUGAGAAGGUGCUUCGGAUGUCCAUCAAAGAAGUCUUAGAGCAAUGUCAGAAGAUGAAAGACUUUCUGGCUAAUGGCGCAUCAGAUGAGGAGAACCUGGAGGCCAAAAUCGAAAAGCGCAAGAAGGAGCUGGAGAGGAAUCGCUCCAGACUGCAGACUCUACAGAGUGUCAGGCCGGCCUUUAUGGAUGAGUAUGAGAAGCUGGAGGAAGAACUGCAGAAGCAGUAUGAGAUUUACGUGGAUAAGUAUCGCAACCUCUGCUUUCUGGAACAGCAGCUGGAGGACCAUCAUCGGGUGGAACAAGAGCGAUUUGAGGAGGCAGAGAACACGCUGAGGAUGAUGCAGAACAAGCUGAGAGACGAAGAGAACAGACUGCAGAAGACAGCAAACAGCAGUGAAGACUCCGACAGUGAGAUCCAGGAGGACGAGGGUUCAGAUGAUAUGGAGGAUGAUGACAGGAGACCGGGGAAGAUGCAGAUGGGGAGAGGGAUGCUCUCUCAAGGAAGGGGAGCACGCAUUGUGGGAACCAUGCACGGCGGAGACAGUGAUGAGGAUGGCCUGGAUGACAGCGAGAUGGAUGAUGAUGAAGAGGACGACGACGAUGACGAAGAGGAGCUGCUCAUGAGGACGAGAGGACCCACAAAAGAGCUGAGCAGACCCAGCAGAAGAGCACGGCAAACCGAGUCAUUUGUAGAGCACGACAGCGACUUCUAGACAAAUGUGUGUAUAU